GACAGAAUGUUUAGUUUGGAUAAGCUGAGAGAAGACAUAAAUGGAAAUAUUACAGUGGGAAAGAGUGAGAAGCAAGCUUUGACAUCAGAGGAAGACAAGAUGGGCCUGGCAGAGCAGUCACUGCUAAAUAAGUUGAUCCAUCACACUCUGGUGCAGAACAAAAACCAGGUGGAGGUUCUCCAGCGGGACCCCAGAUCUCCUCUGUACUCUGUGAAGACUUUUGAGCAGCUGAGACUGAAACCAGAUCUGCUCAAGGGUGUGUACAACAUGGGUUUCAACAAACCGUCCAGAAUCCAGGAGAAUGCUUUACCCCUGAUGCUAGCUGAGCCACCCCAGAAUCUGAUUGCCCAGGCACAGUCUGGCACAGGUAAAACAGCUGCAUUCUGUUUGGCAAUGCUCAGCCGUGUGAAUCCAGCCAAUAAGUGGACUCAGUGCCUUUGCAUUGCACCAACAUAUGAGCUUGCUCUGCAGAUUGGGCAAGUAAUUGAGAAAAUGGGAAGGUUUUGUCCUGAUGUGAAACUUGCCUACGCUAUUCGAGGAAACAGGCUGGAGCGAAACACAAGGUUGCAGCAGCAAAUUGUGGUGGGAACACCGGGCACAGUUCUGGACUGGUGCACUAAGUACAAGCAUAUCGAUCCCAAGAAGAUUAAUGUGUUUGUCCUGGACGAGGCUGACGUUAUGAUAGACACACAAGGCCAUCAGGACCAGAGCAUUCGCAUCCACAGACUUAUGUCACAGGACUGUCAGAUGCUCCUGCUUUCCGCGACCUUUGAAGACUCUGUGUGGCGCUUUGCAGAGAGGGUGGUGCCUGACCCAAACAUUAUCAAGCUGAGGCGUGAAGAGGAGACGCUGGAUACCAUCAAGCAGUUCUAUGUGGUCUGCGGGGACAAAGAGGAGAAGUUCACAGUGCUCUGCAACCUGUAUGCGAGUCUUACCAUUGCCCAGGCAGUCAUCUUCUGCCAUACUCGCCAUAUGACGAAUUGGCUGUCAGAACAGCUGAGCGUAAAUGGCCACCAGGUGGCAGUACUGAGUGGGGAACUGACUGUGGAGCAGAGAGCUGCUGUCAUCCAUCGCUUUAGGAAAGGCAUUGAGAAGGUUCUCGUGACCACAAAUGUGUGCGCCAGAGGCAUCGACAUAGAGCAGGUGUCCGUUGUGGUUAACUUUGACCUGCCAGUCAACAGGGAUGGAAAUGCUGACAACGAGACGUACCUUCACAGGAUUGGUCGCACCGGACGCUUUGGCAAACGAGGGUUUGCCAUCAACAUGAUUGACAGUCCACAAAGCAUGGAUAUUAUCCAUCAAAUCGAGACCCAUUUCGAAAGAAAAAUUCUGAAGCUUGAUGCUCAUGAUCUUGACCAGCUGGAGAAGCUGAUGGGUUGAGAUGCUUUGAUGGACAUUUUGUCUUGUAGUUGAUGUUAACUUCAGAAUUGAGCAUUUUCAGACUUUUGUUUGCAUUUUCUUGUUUACAGAAUACAGGCAUGUAUGUACUUGUUUACUAUGUAAAUCUGUUGUAUUGCAGUAGUGUUUGCAUAUGUUUUGAAUUGCAGUGAUUAGUUUGGUACUGACCACUUAAGCUUUGGAAUGUCUGAAACUUGAAGCUGGUGUUGAACACUGUUUAAGGUUUAUAUUAGUAUUGCUCAAUGGAUGCUUUGCUGAUGUUUGAUUUUGUGACACUAUCAGUGUGACUAAUUAAUAGUACAUCUAUACAUGUGUCUUAAGUUGUUUGCAUAGUUUGAAUUUAAGGAUCUUGUUGAUGUUUUAACACGCAUGUCUCAUGCUCUGUUUCUGUUUGGACAAUACAUAAU